AUACUAGAUUCAAUUUGAAGUUCAUAUAAAGGGUUAUGUCACUGUAGCGCGCGGUUGUGAUAUUUUCGAUAAUGUCGUCUGCUGCGGGAAUUGCGUUUCUGCUGUUGGCAACGUUAGCGGUGUCGCCUGCGACGGGGCAGUGGUGGUGGCAGGGACUGAUAUGGAGCGAACAGCAGCCAGAGAGCUGUCCGUCCGUCAACAACGAAACGCACGUGUGUCGUUCCCUCCAUUCCGGAAAUUUCACGUGCGUCACGAUCGCUUGUUGUUCGUACUUCGAAGAUCACGAAGAUUCAGUAGAAUAUGAUGGUAAAUUUGAUGACUCGGAUGAAAAUGAUGAUGAGUACAACAUCUACUACGCAGGAAGCACGGACAAUUGCCCGGUUUGUUACACCGCGAAGAACUGUUCACUGUACCGCUGUUUCGACUUCUGCUGCUCUGGUUUUACACGGGACAUGUUCGGGCGAUGCAACAACGGAAGUGGCGAGGUGCAGUGUGAAAAUGGCGGCUCUCUGGCGCAUUACCACCACCACCACCACCACCAACCCUACUGUAACUGUCCGGAGGGGUUUAGCGGCAUCGCAUGCGAAAUACCGGAGUGCGAAUGUGAGAAUGGAGGGGAAUGCCGUGCGGCGCACGGACAGACGUACUGCGAUUGUCCUUUAGGGUUCAGCGGCUCCAAGUGCGAGAUUGCGGAAUGCAGCCAACUUGCCUGCCGAAAUGGGGGGUCAUGCAUCCGGAACGGUACCCAAGAGUACUGCAAUUGUCCGCCGGAUUACGUCGGCACCCAUUGUGAAAAAAGCUUCUACCAGCCGGCAGAGUGUCCGAAACCCAACAGCUUUGAUGGCGUGUGCGGGGAGCAGUGUACCGAAAGCAAUGACUGUAUCAGCGGCAAUGUUUGCUGUCGCGAAGGGUGCGCCACUGUCUGUCGCCGGACCGCCGCCAACCACUGCACCGUCGAGAAUGGACGAACACUGCAGAUUGGGGAUAUACAUCGUCCGGAUUCAUGCACGACAUGUGAAUGUAUGGCUGACGGGGAGGUAGCGUGUUCGGCUAUGACUUGUAAAGCUCCUAAAUGUGAUAACUUCGUCGAUAAACCAGACCAGUGCUGCCCCGUCUGUGAAGGUACGCAGACGGAUCGGGAGCCUAUAAUAAGGUGUCCGUCAGACACGAUAAAGGUUAACGUCAACGCCGGAAGUAUGUGGGCCACCAUUAAUGACAGGGUUUCUGGCAUCCAUGCCAUGGACGGUCAAGGCGUUCGACUGCAGGUGACCUAUCACCCGUCCUUAAUUCCACAUUGUGAAUGUAAGGAACGCUGGAGUAAGACCGCCAGUGUUCAAGCAAGCGCAAUUGACAAAUAUGGUCAAGCGGUAUCCUGUGAAUUCAAAGUUGCUGUGGAAGACACCCAGCCACCAGUGUUCUAUAACUGCCCUGGCGACAUCUUCAUAUUUGAAGACGAAAUACCCCAGUGGGAGGAGCCAAGGUUUUCCGACAAUGUGGGCGUGGCUGAAAAGAGCUGUUCCGACAGGCAAAAGACUUACCGCCCGGGGAACUAUCCUCAGAUAUACAGGGUUUUCGAUUUCGACAGAAACGUGGCUGAAUGCAGAUUUACCAUCCACGUAGAAUCCAGAGAAUCGACAUUCGAGAGUCUACCACAGGGCCUACGUGAACGCUCAACCGGGGCUCCCCGCGCCAAUCUUCCCGUCAUACUGGGUUCCAUCCUUGGCGGUCUCUUCUUGCUCGCCGUUAUAUCGGUCCUUGUCUUCUGUUGCUGCCGUCGUCGCCAGCAUAAGGCUAGAGAGCAAUCACACAAUCAUCACGGUCACCAUGGCAUCGACAACAACAUCUACCACGUGCCUGCUGACGUAAAACUCCCACCCUAUAGCGAGAAGGCGCCAAGUGUCGGCCAGCCGCCGGCGUAUAGCACCUUUGGAUCCAUGAAGGGCAUGGAGUAUAUGUACCACGGAAAUGCAAGAUUCGAUAACCCUGGGUACUCCAGGGCGCCGUCUAGAGCACCGACUGGAGCGCCGUCCGUCGUCAGUGAUGGACGAGCGUCAGUUCACAGCCAGCGGCGGGCGGAUACAGCCUCUGUUCGCUCAGGGUGCACGGAUCACACUUAUGCAACUCUGAAUUAAAUCGGACAAUGUGUGUUCAGUUUGGCGCGCCGUUCCUUUUUGUGGAAAUGAGCAUGUGUUGAGAUAGGCUAUCCCUGUCCCCUCUAUACCGUCAAAUGCUCGUGUUUUUUUACUAAUAACGCAAUUCUGUGUUGUUUCUGUGUUGUCGGCUUAUUGUUAAUACAUUAUGUAUUUUUUUAUUCUCAUCCCACAAAUUGUGGCCAUGAUUGAAAUUUCAAUGUAUCAGGCACUAAAUAUGUGUUUCACUACAAGAUGUGAACUUCUUUUGUUUUUCUUAUACACCGCGAAGUAGCUUUAAUCAAUGCACUUUUAUAGGAAACAAAAAUAAGCAGAGUUUAUUUUGCGAUUGAUAUUAAUUGUAAUGUUAGAUUAAUCAUUGCGUGACUCUAAAUGCAUUCAAAUAUCACUGUUUUCGUGUUUGCUUCGAAUUGUAUGUAAACAGAUAGUAUAUAUCUUCUGAUACUGUAUAUGCCGAUUUUCUGUCAUAUAUCGAAGAUGAGAUUUCUGUUAUCAGUGAUUUUUUGGUGCAGUUUACUGCCUUCUAAAGGUUGUUUCCCCUUGCGAAAAAAAUGUCCAUUUUGCCCAUCAAAUUUUGUUUUUCCAAUUUGAUAAAUGCAGACCAUGAUAAUAAAUAAAAAAGCAAUGAAUUUCUUGAAAAAUAAACACAAUCUUAACAAGACUAAUUCUUUCACAGCAUAAUGUAUGCAUACAAAAGUGAAAACAUGUAUACUUGCCAUUAUAUUAACUAUUUUGGCAUAAUUUGGUAUUAUUCCCAAAGUCUACUGUUUUCCCAAUUUGCAGUAAAAUUAAUUCAAAAAAUAUCACUGGUUAUAUAAUGCCUAUUAUUUUAUCCCUAUAUAAUGUUAAUUUGUGAUUUACUUUUGUGUUUGUCUUACCGCUUGUAUAUUGCUUAAUGUACACAGUUUUCAUAUACCUGAAAAAUAUUGAUUGUUUUUUUGGAAAGAAAAAUAAUUGGAUUAUUUUCUCUGAAUUCAUAAUCUUUUUGUCUACGAUUUUUUCUCGACCGCAGCCAUAUUCUGUGAAUAAAGAGGUGAAUUGUUUGUUGAUAUCUGGAAAACACAUUUUUUAGGGCAUUUGGCAAUAUUCAAGUUGAGUUAUUUAUGAUAUGAGCUUGUUAAAAGUCUAAGAGCUGGCCUCUUUUAGAUGUAAUUUAAAACUUUUGUUGCAAUCUAAAAAGAAAGAUCAUCAUAUUUA